GGGCAGGAAGAUUGUCAGUAGAAAGCUACUUCUUCCAUCAUGUGGCUCCCUAUGCUGCUGGUAGCAUCCACUCUGAUCCUCCUGUACAGAUGGCAUAGGCAGAGCAAAAUUCUGCAAAAUCUCUCUGAUAAAUAUGUGCUGAUCACUGGAUGUGAUUCUGGAUUUGGGAACUUGCUAGCAAAACAAUUGGACCAGCAUGGGAUGCUAGUAUUGGCAGCUUGUCUGACAGAGAAAGGGUCUGAAGAACUAAAGAAGGAGGCUUCCAGCAGACUGCAGACAGUAAUUCUGGAUGUUGCUGAUUGCCAGAGUGUGAGCUCUGCUGCCAAGUGGGUUACUAAUAUUGUGGGAGAUACAGGGCUGUGGGGAUUAGUAAACAAUGCAGGACGUGCAAUUCCAAACGGCCCCAAUGAAUGGCAGAGUAAAGAAGAUUUUGCUAAAAUUCUAAAUGUGAAUGUCCUUGGUAUGGUGGAUGUGACCCUAAACAUGCUGCCUCUCGUAAGAAGAGCUAAGGGCCGGAUUGUUAAUGUUGCUAGUUGUACAGGGAGGUUGGUGGUAAUUGGAGGUGGGUAUUGCCUGUCUAAGUUUGCGGUGGAAGCAUUCUCUGAUAGCCUAAGAAGGGAGCUUCGGAAUUUCGGAGUAAAGGUUUCCAUUAUAGAACCUGGUGCUUUUAAAACUUCAAUGACUAAUCUAGAACGUAAUCUUCAGAAUGUGGCUGAUCUGUGGGAGAAUGCCCCUGCUACAAUCAAGGAAAGCUAUGGAGAGCAGUAUUAUCAACAAUAUGUCAAGAACAUGAAAAAUGUGUGUGGAAAAAUUAGCCCAAAGUUGCAUGAGGUCAUAAACUGUAUGGAACACGCUCUGACUGCUGUCCAUCCCUGGACACGAUACUCAGCUGGCUGGGAUUGCAAACUCUAUCACAUCCCCAUGUCAUAUCUCCCAACUGUUGUCUCUGAUUAUGUGCUUUGUCUCUCAGCACCAAAGCCAGCUUGCCAGUAACUGGAAAUGGUUUCAUGGAAGAGAGACCACUUUUUAUAGAAAAUGUUUGUUUACGUAUAUUUGCAUCAAUGUUUCUUAACUAUUUUUUAUUUAAACCAAACUUCAAUAUUACAUUAGCACAGUGACCUAUUCAUGAUUUGGAAAAUUAGCUUGUAUAAUAAACAUUAAAAUGUAUAUUUCUGUUUGAUCCUUGUUGCACAAACCAAAGACAUCAUCCAACUCAAACUAUUCUUCUGAU